GGAACCUGCAGCGGCGGCCCCAGUUCCCGGCCGGCCCCGGCCCAGCGGCGCGCGCCAUGGCGGCGCUCAGGGGCCCGGCGAGGCGGCUGCUGCCGGGGGGGCUGGCGGGCCUGGGGCUGCCCCCGCGCCGGUACCGGUACAAGGAGAAAUGGGCUGGCACUGCCCCCAAGAUCUCGGCCAUCCGACUGGCUCUGCAGAACUUCGACAUGAACUACAGUGUGCAGUUUGGCAGCGUGUGGCCUUCAAUCCGUGUCAGCCUCCUCUCAGAACAGAAAUAUGGCGCCCUCGUCAACAACUUCUCUGACGCCAACAGGGUCAGCCAAGAGCUGGAACUUCUAAACGCUGUGGAUUUUGUUUAUGAAUCUCAGAAAGAAGCUCGGCACAUGCAGUGGGAUUCACAAGUAGAAGGAGUGAGGGGUGAGGAAACAGUGCUCCAAGAAACCCACAGUGAACAGUUGUCUGUAGAACAAACACAGACGCCAUCAUUGCUUUCUGCAUCCAUCAGCCCUAACAUCAAAUGUUACACAUUCUCUAAAGGAGAUGUCAGUCGGUUUCCUCCUGCAAGACCAGACGCUUUAGGAACCCUUGGCUACUAUCUGCUGGAUGCAGCAUCGCUCUUGCCUGUCUUGGCUCUCAAUGUGCAGCCUGGUGACCUAGUACUUGACCUCUGUGCAGCACCUGGUGGCAAGACACUGGCUCUUCUGCAAACAGGGUGUUGCCGGCACCUGGCCGCCAACGAUAUCUCUGCUUCCCGCGGUAACAGGCUGCGCAGAGUUCUCUGUAGCUAUGUUCCCAAAGACAUCAGCGCUGAUGUGCGCAUCACAUCCUGGGAUGGAAGGAAUUGGGGGGAACUGGAGGGGGACACUUACAAUAGGGUGCUUGUGGAUGUGCCGUGCACGACUGAUAGACACUCCGUCAUGGAAGAGAACAACAAUAUUUUCAGUCGAAAGAGAUUGAAGGAGCGUCAGAUGCUGCCGAUGCUGCAGAUGCAGCUGCUUCUCGCUGGACUCCUCGCUGCCAGACCAGGAGGGGAAGUGGUGUACUCCACAUGCUCCCUGUCUCAGCUGCAGAACGAGUACGUCGUUGAGAGAGCUGUUGAGGUAGCAGAAACCCAAUACAACAUCAGUGUCCACGUUGAAGACUUAAGCUACUUCAGGAGACUCUUCCAGGACACAUUUUCUUUCUUUGCAGACUGCAGGCUGGGGGAGCUUGUCCUUCCCCACCUCACGGCCAACUUUGGACCCAUGUACUUCUGCAAAUUACGUCGGGAACAGUAGGGGUGUCAGCUUUUUGAUCCCCUAUCUCUGGUGGAGGUGAGAUUGGGCAGUUUGUCUUCACCCAGCUGCAUCUCUGUUGUGACAUUCUGAACUGAGGUGAUCUCAUUCUUUUCCAGGCUAUAAUGAAAUACCCAGAGGUUCCAGAGAGAGAACUGCUUUGUGAUUCUUUUAAAACACCUGGAGGGACGUCUGCUUUUGUGCCACAAACACCGAGAAUAAAUGAUGCAGACAUGAUAA